UUUUAUAAACAAAGCUUAUAAACUAAAACUUAAGUCUAUAUAAGUAAUAAUAACCAUGCGACAUCCAACUGAAAAACGUGAAGAAAACUCUGUAGAAUUAGAAUCCCAAUUUAUUUUACGUAUGCCUCCAGAACCUUCUCGAUUAUUACGAGAGAUGAUUCGGAGUGGUGUUACAAAUUUUAAAGACCGUGUUUCAAUUCGAUUAGAAAAUGAUGUUCGAUAUGGUGAAGUUAGGGUUGAUCAUUACCUGUUACAUGCUAAAAUUGUGGAUUUGCCGACAAUAAUCGAAUCAUUGAAAACAAUCGAUUCGAAAAGUUUUUACAAAACCGCUGAUAUUUGUCAAAUGAUGGUAUGCAAAGAGGAGGAAGAUCAAACUACAACCGAUGACGAAGCUCCAAGUAAGAAUAAGAAAAAAGAUCCCAACAAAGUGGACAAGAAAUUUUUAUUUAUGCAUGGUAUAACACCACCAAUGAAAAAUGUUCGUCGUAGAAGAUUUCGAAAAACGUUAAAAAAGAAAUUCGUUGAACAACCGGAGAUUGAAAAGGAAGUGAAACGUCUAUUGCGUAUUGAUAACGAUGCUGUUAGUGUAAAAUGGGAGAUAAUAAUCGAUGAAGAUGAACAAAAAUCUGGUGGUAUGCAAAAUCCAUCAUCUUCAGUAGAUGCAAAUUACGAAUAUAUUAAUCCAAUUAAAAAUGAAGACAUUAAAUAUGAAACAUCUGAAAUAGAAAACAUGAAAAGUGAAUCGGAAAUUAUUGGCGAAGGAACAAAUGUGGACGUUGAACAAGAAAUAUUUGGUUCGGCUGUUAGUGAUAGUGAAGAUGAAAAUAUAAAUGUCAUGGAUAUUGAUGAAAGUUCACGUAUCAGUGGCGAUGAUAGUCGAAUGUAUGAUUCUGAUUCACAGGGUCGUAUAAGUACAGUGCCACAAAAUGAUUUGGUUACCGAAUUUUCUAAAGAUAUGUUUUCACCAUCAACCAGUAAUACAAGUAGAAAUUUAAAAUCCGAACAAAUUGAUAUUAAAAAUGAGCCGAUCGGUUCAAUGUCAUCUUCCUUCGAAUAUAACAUGUAUAAAAAUCAAGAUUCAGAUUCAAUGAAAAUGGAAAGUGAAUCAUCGAAUGUGUUUAGUGGUUUAACAAAAGAACAAAUUUUAUCAAAAAUAUCGGAUUUAGAAACACAAUUAACUGAUUUACGUCAACAACAACAACAGCAAGAGAUGGAAUUGUCUACAAUUGAGAAUCAAGCACUUCGACAACGAUUUCAAGAUAUUAACAAUCGUCUUUUACAAGAAAUGUAUGAAAAGGAGAAUAAUUUACGAACAUUACAAUCGUUAUUAUAAAGAGCAAAAAAAUGAACAAAUUACUUGUUUAAAAUAUUCCAUUAAAUACAUACUGUUUUUUAAAUCAUUUCCUAUAAUACUGAAUGUGAAAGAGUACUAAUCACUGAGUGUGAGAGAGUACAUAUACAUUAAGCAAUGUGUAUAAGCAAUACACAAUUAGAUGCUUUUAUUGUUGCUACUGUUCAUAAACAUGCAAGGAGACAUAUAAUAGUAUCUUUCUUAUACAUAUUUCUUAAUGUAUAAGUACUCUCUCAUACUUAUUGAUGUACUAAGGGAAAUGAUUGAAAAAACGCACAGUAUAUAUAAAUCUACAUUAUGUAUUAAACAAUAAUUGCUUGUUUUAAAAAGCGGACAUUUUAAAAAACUUUUGCUCUAUUGUUGUCUAGCUCUAUGCUAAAAAUAUUACAAGCUGAGAGUUUAGAAAUUAGCUUCGAAAAUUAAGACGCCGUCAAAUUAAUCGCAUAAUGAAAUUCGAAAAUAUGCUACGAAAUAGAAUUAUGGUGGAAGCAAAAUAAAGGUUAUAUGAAUAAAGUAAGCAUUGGGAAAUUAAUUUUAAAUAUACAAAAUUUAAAAAAAAGUCUACUAAGGUAUAUUACAUAAAUAGAUUAGAAUUUUAAAAUCAGGAUUCACUUUUGUUUCGGAACGAAUACUAAAGAAAUUUCCGGAAAUUUUAUA